AUGUUGUCUGUGUUUAGCGUUGCACCAUGUGCUUUUGUGGUUGGGCUGGUGGGCAUCUCGUAUCUUUUCAUUUGGCCAUUUAUGCAGUACCUCCGCGAUCCGAAAGGGCUGCGGAAAUAUCCUAAUCUGACUCCCAUCUCAGGGAUGUCCGCGAUCCCCUUCAUGUUCAUGGCUUCACGUGGAUUUCGCUCUCGCGAGCUGAUGGAGCUACACCGGGAGAAGCCCGUUAUCCGCACAGGCCCUAAUAUGCUGUCAUACGGAGACGUGCGCGCCAUCAAGGACAUCUAUGGGCACAACACCAAGUGCAUCAAGGACCCGUCGUACGUGAUCACGGCAGGCACUCACUACCAUUUGGCCGAUGUCGUGGACAAGCCAGAUCACGCCCGGAAGCGCAAGGUCUUAUCGUCGGCAUAUGCUUUGAAGAACCUGGAGACAUGGGAGCACAAGGUCAGCGAUAAGUGCGAGAAGGUGGUCGCACACUUUGACCGUGUGUGCACGGCAGCUCCAUCCGCAGCGGUGGCAGCGGGAAAGCAAGCCCCCGACCGAGAUGACUUGACUCUGGAUUUCCGCUCGUGGACAAACUUUUUCACUUUAGAUGCCAUUGCCGACAUUGGUCUGUCAGAGAAGCUGGGCUUCCUAGACCAAGGACAUGAUCUCUGCGUGGCGGAGCGCAAGGAUGGUAGCACGUAUGAGGUGUCCCUGCGUGAGGCUCUCUACCCUACAGCGCGGAAACAAUCACUCAUCCUCUGGAACUACGAGUGGUAUCCGACCCUCAACCGGCUGGUGAACGUGAUUCCGUAUUUCAAGCGCAUGCAAGAGUCCUCCGAUCACUGGGACAACAUCAUCUGGCGUCGGGGAACCGAGCGACUGCGACGGUACGAAGAAGGCGAGCGACUGGAUGACUUCUUCCAGGCAUUGAUGGAGGACAAGAACGGCCGUGCCAACCAACUCGAAUGGGGUGAGGUGCUAGCUGAGGUUAAUAUCAUGAUGAACGCGGGCAGUGUGACCACCGCCAUCGCCAUCACCAACGUGAUGUACCAGCUGUUGAAGAACCCCGAAUGUCUGCAGAAGCUGCGGGCUGAAGUGGAUGCCGUCCUUGACCCGGACGAGAUCAUUGCGCCGUACGACAAAGUGAAGCACCUACCUUAUCUACGGGCAUGCCUGGACGAGUCGCUCCGUAUUUUCCCACCCACUUCCCACGGAUUGCCGCGCGAAACGCCACCGGAGGGAAUGGAGAUCCUUGGCCAGUGGGUCCCAGGCAACACUUCCGUCAGCAUGUCGGCAUUUGUGGCUCACCGAGAUGAGCGAGCGUUCCCCAAAGCCGACAAGUACAUCCCGGAGCGCUGGUUGGGUGAGGAAGGGAAAGCAUUGCAGCCGUACUUCAUCGCUUUCUCAGCUGGCGCCCGUUCAUGCAUUGGACGCAACAUCUCGUACCUAGAGCAGGCCAAGAUUCUGGCGACUUUGGUACGCCGCUAUGAGUUCGCUCUGCCGUCUCCAGACUGGGAACUGCAGCGAGAGGAGACAAUGAAUCUUAUCUUGGGUGCUAUGCCUGUGAAGAUUUGGCGGCGAGAAGUACCGGUUGAUGACUCGUGA